AAAAUGAUCGCUUAUACAAAGGAAUGUCAAGAUGUACUGAACUUUGAAGAAUACUUUUCCAACUUCUCUUAGCUUUACGAUCUAGACUGUCAUCGUCAGUGUCCAAUAUGUCUAUGGUUGAGACAUUACAACUCUGGAACGAGGCUGUUUCCUUGACAGAAAAGGGCCACUUUGAAGAUGCACUCAUGAAGUUCAUGUCUUUAGAGCAACGAACAGAUUCUGGGCAAGUCAUGAUUACAUCGGCUAGGAAUUUAUUUAACAUUGGACAGACGUAUUUCUCACUUGGAAGGAUGGAUAUGGCUAUUGAAGCUUUUAAAGAAUCCAUUGGAAAAGACAAGAUGUUAGCUGUAGCUCAUUUCAUGCUUGGCUGUGCACAUUUGAAGAAAAACCUGAACCGCGAUGCUUUGAAGAAUUUUGAAGAUGCAUAUUUCUUCCUGCGAGGCAAUCGUUUGAUUGAUUACAAACAAUUGGGCUUGAAGUACAAGCUGUAUGGCUGUGAGAUCCUUUGCAACAAGGCAAUUGCUUAUGCAAAGCUUGGAAAAGACCAGCAAGCCAGAAAUGACUUUUUGAAAGCCAUGGAGUCCCGUGCUGAACCCCAACAUGGUGUCAUUGAAGAUGCCCUUCUCUGCUUUCAGACUGGAAAAAACAUGAUUCCUACAGGGUUGCCUUCUCAUGCAGUCUUUCAGCCAUCAAGAAGUAAAUUACUUGCUGCGAAAGAGAAGCCAAAUUAUCUUGGAAAAUCCCAGGUGGUCGCAGCUAGAGAUAAAGAUGAUAACUCUAAUGACCUUCCUCAGAAACCUGUUUUUACAGAAUCUAGUGGAAUGGACAGCAGAGACCUUGGUCAGGAGGCACACCAGCCACAGGCAAUAAAACUGGUUAACGAAAGAAGCAAUUUGAUGAAGGAUCUUCGCAAGAAAGAAACUCGCAAAUCACUGAAGAAGACGCCUGGUGCACCAGGACGACCUCUACCAAGCUUACCGCAGAAGAAUAACGGCUCUACCGCACUUUCUCCUUACUCUUCAGACAAUCCUCCUCCUCGACCAACUUCUCCGCAUCCAAGACAAAAAAACUUGGAUCAGAAUUCCUCCAGAUCUGAGCUUACCUUACCACCUUCUAAACCUUUGCCGCCAUCUCCAAGACAUAGAAGUCCUCUACCAGUCCAUCGGCGUCCCUUGCCGCCUUCUCCAGUCCGUUCCGACUCCCCUGUCGAGGAUGCCUUACCAAAGCGACCUCCAAAACGACAAGGAAUCGUCACGUUUCAAAUGGUUCUUACAAGGUCGGUACAAGUCAACCGCGAUUCGACGCCUUCACAACUUUUGAAGACUGCUGCUGAAUCCCUAAAUGUUUCCGAAGACAAGCUUGCAUUAUGGUACAAGCGUGACGAUGAACUAACAAGUGUGACUGACGAAACGUUGUCUUCCCUAUGGAACUCCGCUCCAGACCUCAAGCCAACGAUAUAUUGCUACGAGAAGUAGAUACGAUAGAUAAGUGUUUCGUUCAAGAAGACCUGCCCCUUGAGCUCUGUAGAGAUAAAAAUAUUUUAAGUAAUACCAGGGCUAAAUGGUAGAUAGAAAUACCGCGCCUAUCUUCUUCGUUAUAGGUAGAAAUCGGAAGACAAAAUAAUUAACGAACUGUAGAAUAAUUAUCGCAACUCAUUUACUGCGCCGCACAAUACAUACCUACCUCAAUCUACAUACACAGAAUAUAAAAUGAUAUAAUGCGCAGAGAAUAACAUUUUUCAAGCUUACAUUUUUCAGUUCGUGCAUUUUUUUAAUGCAAUUUUUCCAUCGUUCAUUUUGCAUCACAAUUUCAGAAAAAGAAAUUCAUUCAACUUACAAUCGACAAGCAUGUAAAAUCAAAAGAAUCAUGUAAAAAGCACGCAUUCGUCUUCUAAUUUAAAACAGCCGUGAAAUUCACACGCAAUAAUGCACCACGCGUAGCCACUAGAUGUAAUAAUAUUUCAUAAAUAGAUAAUGAAUAAUUUAAAAAAAAUUUUCCAAUUAUAAUCAUUCAUUUUUUGCGAGGUUUAAUGUCACCAAACCUUCGAAACUAUGUAAUUUUUUAGUCAUUGACAUCAGAUAUUCCAUAUAUCUUUGAUGUGUAACUUUUUACAUGAUAUUACAUUUGGGCAAGCACGUACUGAGAUUCCAUUUUCAUAAUCCCCGAAAAUUUACUUAUACCGUAUCCUUUUCCGUGCUUGAAUUGCGCGCGCACUCAUGGCUACACAAUAAACGUCACAAAGAGUU